AAAAAAAAAAUAUGUGGAAAUGGUACCCUGAAGGCAGGACGCUGGUAAACAACUGCCCUGUUGCUUGUUUUGUUGAAACUGCUGGUUGUUCCUGCAGCCUUCACCUUGCCAACCCAAUUCAAUCAGCAUUCCGGCUUUUCUGGGAGGAUUCACUCCACUGCCAGACCGUGGAAGGAAUACUUGGAUCAUUUGGAGUCCUCCCCCCAUCCUUUUUGGGGGGCAGAAAAAGAAAGUCUUUGUUGCAUUACAGACCAGUUCCACCCACCCAUCUUUGACAAGCCAGUUCUGUGGGUCAAUCAGGCUGGAGACCACUGCUUGCUCCCCUGUCACAGCCAAACCCUGGAAAUACAUCCCUCUGUGAUCUGCUUGAGGAUUGCUGGAUGUAAGUUCUGGAGAAAGCAGAAAAAAAGGAGAGGGGAAAGCUUAAAAAUUAGGUCUCAGGAAGUCUGAACCACGACUGUUUUUGAAACUGUGCUGUCCCAGAUGUUCAAAUUCAAGGGAAGACACCGAUUGUCCAUUAUGAUGGGAUCGCAAAGCAGUACCAGCUCAGACCACCGGAUCUGAAGGCAAAUAAGCAAAACAAGAUAAAAGGGGGGGCAGGAACUGCUGGGGAAGGGGAAAGUGCUCCCUUUCCUGAAAAAGGGCUGUUUCCUUGAACCACCUUGGCGUGGCCUAUGGUGGCAUAGAAGACACACUUGGAAUUUAUCUGGGCACAGUGAGGAGCAAAGGAGAGAAGACUGGCAGAGAUCCACAGCAUGUGAAACGGCUCCUUUCAGCUUGCAAGUGGUGUUGAGGCCUUCAGAAACGUCAAUGGGAAAAAGAGGUGGAGGAAAGUCACGUUAAAAGCCAAGAUCCGAGAACUCUAACCUCCUCCCGGCUGCUUCUCUGAAUCCAAGAGACAGGUUCCAAAAGCCUAACCCCAGGACAGCCUAGCACACACACACCCUGCACAUCAUGGCGACCACUUCGCCGACAGCCGCCGUGGUGACAGCCACCGUGGUGACAACAGCAGCUGCCAUGGACUUGCGUGAUUGGCUCUUCCUCUGCUACGGCCUGGUGGCCUUCCUGAGCGAGGUGAUCGACAGCACCACCUGCCCAUCCGUUUGCCGCUGUGACAAUGGCUUCAUCUACUGCAAUGACCGGGGUCUGACCUCCAUCCCGGCUGACAUCCCAGAUGAUGCUACCACACUCUACCUGCAGAACAAUCAGAUCAACAGCGCCGGCAUCCCUUCCACCUUGAAGAAAAAGCUCAAUGUUCAGGUCAUCUACCUCUACGAAAAUGACCUGGAUGAGUUCCCCAUCAACCUGCCCCGUUCUUUGAGGGAACUCCACCUCCAGGACAACAACGUCCGCACCAUCGCCCGAGACUCCCUGGCACGCAUCCCUCUGCUGGAGAAGCUGCACCUGGACGACAACUCCGUCUCCACCGUCAGCAUUGAAGACGAUGCCUUUGCAGACAGCACGCGCCUCAAACUGCUCUUCCUCUCACGCAAUCACCUCAGCAGCAUCCCCUCCGGCCUGCCCCGUACCCUGGAGGAACUGAGGCUGGAUGACAACCGCAUCUCCACCAUCCCCCUCCAUGCCUUCAAGGGUCUGGUCAGCCUGCGGCGACUGGUGCUGGAUGGCAACCUCUUGGCAAACCAGCGCAUUGCAGAUGACACCUUCAGCCGCCUGCAGAACCUCAGUGAGCUCUCUCUGGUGCGCAACUCUCUGGCAGCCCCGCCUCUCAAUCUGCCCAGUGCCCAUCUGCAGAAGCUGUACCUACAAGACAAUGCCAUCAGCCACAUCCCCUACAACACCCUUUCUAAGAUGAGGGAGCUGGAGAAGCUGGACCUGUCCAACAACAACCUUACCACUCUGCCCAAGGGUCUCUUUGAUGACCUCGACAGUCUCUCCCAACUCCUGCUGAGGAACAACCCCUGGUACUGUGGCUGUAACCUAAUGUGGUUGAGGGACUGGGUCAAGGCCCGGGCCGCGGUGGUGAAUGUCAGGGGGCUGAUGUGUCAAGGCCCUGAUAAGGUCAGAGGCAUGGCCAUCAAGGACAUUACCAAUGAGAUGGACGAAUGCUUUGAAGGGGGCCUGCAGAGCAAUUCAGGAGUGGCAGUGGCAGCCAAGACGACUGCCAGCAAUGCUGCUGUCACAACCCCGCAGGGCUCCCUUUUCACCCUCAAGGCCAAGAGGCCUGGCAUCCAACUUCCAGAUUCCAACAUUGACUACCCAAUGGCCACCGGCGCUGGAGCCAAAGCACUGAUUCUAAAUGUCAAGCCGCUGACUCCCGACAGCAUCCGCAUCAGCUGGAAGGCAGCACUCCCAGCGGCCUCUUUCCGCCUGAGCUGGUUGCGCCUGGGCCACAGCCCAGCUGUGGGCUCUAUCACAGAGACUCUGGUGCAAGGUGACAAGACAGAGUACUUGUUGACGGCCCUGGAGCCUAAGUCCACCUACAUCAUCUGCAUGGUCACCAUGGAGACGGGCAGCACCUAUGUGCCCGACGAGACACCAGUGUGUGCCAAGGCAGAGACGGCAGACAUGUACAGCCCUACCACCACCCUCAACCAUGAGCAAAACAUGGACCCAAUGGCCGGGCUGUCAUUAGCAGGCAUCAUCGGUGGGGCCGUGGCCUUGGUCUUCCUCUUUCUGGUCUUGGCUGCCAUUUGCUGGUACAUCCACCGGACUGGAGAGCUGCUGACGCGGGAACGAGGCAGCCGGAAAAAAGACGACUACAUGGAGUCAGGCACCAAGAAGGACAACUCCAUCCUGGAAAUCAGAGGCCCUGGGUUGCAGAUGCUUCCAAUCAACCCGCACCGGGCAAAGGAAGAGUAUGUCAUCCAUACCAUAUUCCCUUCCAAUGGAACCAGUCUUUAUAAAAGCACCCACACCAUCGGCUACGGCACAACGCGUGGGUAUAGAGACGGUGGAAUUCCAGACAUAGACUACUCAUAUACAUGAUGCAAACCCCCCCUCCUCCCACACACAUCCCCCCCAUCGCCUACCCCUUCCCUGUUUUUACCCUCCUCUCUCACCCCAGGAUUUUUUUUUUGUUUUUUUUGCCAAGGUGAAAAAAACGCAAAACACAAACUGUUUUACACGCAGAACCAGGUGGAACAAAAGGGGAGGGGGGAAGGGAUGUUUUACAAGAAAAAAAAAGGAAAGAAAAACAAAAGCCUAUUUUGUAGAAAACAAAAAACAAACAAAAGUUUUAAAAAAGUAGACAUGGGGGGGGAGACAUAAUUUAUAUUUAAUAUACCAGAUUAAAACAUACAACUCAGACCAUCAAGAAACAUCAAGAGUUGUUGUGGGGUUCCCUGCCCUCCCUCCCCUGUGAGACCUGGAAGAGGGGGGGAAAUUGAAAAUGGAAAAACAAAAAUGCUACCUGUUUUAUCUUUCUUCCUGUAUAAAUCCUCUAUUUUGUUCAGGAGUUAGAUUAUAAAAAAAAACAAAAAAUGUGAAAAUGUCUUUCCUGGCGGCUAAACUGUUGACUGCAUGGGGGCAGAGGACCUGUAUAAAUCUGCUUUCAUUUCUCCUUUUGCAUCCCAUAACUCUGCUUUCCUUACAGGUUCCCAAUGUAUCAUGCAAAGUUGAGCAACAACAACAAAAUAACCAUUGGCAAUAUAUAUAUGUUGGAGUUCUGAAACAAGACCAUAACCCCCACGCACACACAAACAGCCCUCUGCACCUGACUCAAUUCUCCCCCCCAUCUUUCUGCAACACUCAAAAUCCAUCAACUUUGUUCUUUUGCUCAACACAGACUGAUCUUAAAAGAAAUCUCUGUUUGGUUACCUCCUUGCAUAUCUAUCCUUGGGGACAAUCAUUCAAGAAUAUUCUGUUUGUAGGAAUAAUUGCAACACGUAGCUCUUGUCUUUUUAGCAAAAAAACAAUAGUAAAAAAAAAAAACUGACAUGGAGACGGAGACAGGCCAGCGUCUUCCAACCAGAAAGAUGUUCCUCUUUCCAAGGUGGGGGCUCUGGAAAUCCUAAAUUAAUCUCAGGUUCACAUUUAAGAGUGUGAAUGAUUUUUGAGAUGUUAAAGAAGAAGAGAGGAGCAGGAGUUUGGUUCAAGACUCUUUUUUCCCUUUUCAUUUUUUGCAUCAACUCGAAAAAUGACAAGCGAUGCCAUUAUCAAUAGCUCAUAACUAAGAUGCUCAAAGAUUUUGUUUAGUCUCCUACUGUAUUGCACUUAUUUUUGCCUCCUCUCCCGUGGUAUAAAAUUUGGGUGUCCAACCGGAGAUCUAUGAAUCUCUAGGCAUCCAGCAUGUGGGCCUGCCGUCAAGGGCAUUUGAAGGUCCUGGUUACAGAGCCUAUAGUGCAGGUUUGCACUGCUUGCAACCUGCCAAGCUAAAAUGCAGCUCCAUCACCCACAUAUCGUCACCUGCCAGGUAUUCAAGGACCCUCCUGUUUUUGCAAUCGCAAGCAAGGAGUAAAAGCAGGUGGUGUACUGAACCCCUGGCAUGUGGCCACCACAUAUGGCUGGUGGCCUGCCUUUCCCUGGGCUAAUUUGGGGAUUUGGUGCCCCCCAGAGCAGAACCAAGCGAUUCAAAAGUUGCAGAAGCGACAGGAAAACAGAUUCCCCCACUUGAACCAGGAGGCUUAACAGCACACUACAUUCAAGCAUGCAUCCGACACGUGGGGAAAACCUGCUCUGGAAAUUGAGUUGCUGUGGAUGUGAAGGAGCCUCCGAGGGUCUGGUUGGAAUUGGCAGAAGUCGAGAGCAAACAACAGGAAGCAGACCAACCUCCACACACGUACAAACUGUUGCCACUUGUCACAGUGGACACACUACGACAACGUGUACGCUUGCUUGAUGGAGAUUUUUAGAUCUCGUGUACUACUGGUGGGAUGACCUAUAAUAAGAAAUGGGCUGUGAAGUGAGUGGUGACACAUACUGUGCAUGUGGGAGGCUCCUGGAUUUGAUCCCCAGCAUUGCCAACGGUGUGUUUUCAGGAAGAGGGCUAGGAAAAUCAGAAGAAAUCUUGGAGGGAAGGCCAAAUCUGAAACUGGUUAAUAGAUCACUGGUCUGAACUGGUAGGAGAGAGCUUAGUUCUCUCUUUAGUUUAAGUUAUGCCUAUGUUUCAUGUGACUGUCAGCCUUGUACACGUUCGUGCCUGUUAAACCUGAAGGUGCAGAUACAGACUGAAGAGGUCCACAAGAUUUUUAGAAUGGAUGGGACUGGUAUAGUCAAGUUGAAGACUGGAGGUGGAGGAAUGGUUGUAUCUGUUAGAUACAACUCAGAGUAGACCCAUUUAAAUCAAUGGACUGAAGUUAGUCAUAACCAUUUCAGUGUGUCUACUCUGAGCAUGACUUAGCUGAAUAAAAAGCAACACUUAGUUGGAAAGUGUUGCAAAGCUGGGGAGGGGGGCAAACAUUCACUCAACAAAUGGAGGAUAAGUCCAUCAAGAACUAUUAAGCAUUACUGCUAUGUGGAACCUCCAUGUAUAGAUGCGGCAUAUCUUACAAGUAUCAGAAGCUAAGAAUAAGUGGAAAGCCAUUAUCUUCAUGCUUCUCAAAAGCAUCUAGAUGGCCACCAGAACGCUGGGUAAGAUGAACCUUUGCUUUGUUCCAGCAAGGCCUUUGAUUCUGAAAAUCCUAAAACAUUUUUUUAAACAGGGCCCCAUUGAAGCCCCCCUUUUCCAUAAGACUUCUUGUUUCUUACAUCUUGAAAUUAAUAUUAAAAGUAUUUCUUAAAACCCUAAGAAGUAUCCCUCCUCAUGCAUAAUAAUGAUCAGGAUGGCUUAAUUGACUGCAAGUCUGUAGCACCAGGCAAAGGAAAAGCGGGCAUACUUCCCACCUAAAUAAAUUCACUGCUGGAAAGGUGAGCCCUAAACAAACCCCAGGCCAGGCUUAGAACAACUUCACACCAAAUGUAGCCCAGCAUCCCCAUAAUGUGACCUGCCAGGGUCUUGACACACCACCACUGCAUCCAUUUUUACACUCCAAAGUAGGCAGCAAAAACAGGAAAGUUUAAAAUCUCCUGGUGAGCCACCCUGCUUGGUGUUUAAGUAACUGUACAACUGCAUUGCUUGAGGGAGGAGAAAACCGGGGGGGGGGAUUGGCUCCACCUUCAGUGAUCCCCUUGGCUGCCCCACCGGUGUGUCCAGUGGUUACCAGCCACCACUGUUUGACUUGCUGGAUUGGAAGUUGUGCAGGCCUGACUUCUAGGCAGGUUUCAGUUGAAUCCAAAUCAUCUUCCCCCACAAGAAGAUCCCAAUCUUCUUCACAAGCAGCCAAACCCGUGGAGGAAAGUAAUUAGAAGUCA